CUGUUCCGUCCCCUCCCCCCGGCUGGUCAGCUGACCAAGGGCCGGUCUGGUGACUGUCAGACCCCGAGCCUCCCCCCACGACCCGGACCCAGCACCGCAGGCCGAGCCGGUGUCUGCUCGCCCGCCGGAGGAGCUCCUCUCCCGGCCGCUCCGCCACGUCGCCCCGCUGCCCGCCGGCGGCCCGGACUUCCGGCCGGAAGCAGCCGAGCCCGUCUGUACGCGAGUCGGACUCAGCUCGUCCCGGUGGUCCCGAUCGGCCGGUGGCCCCCAGUCCCGGGCCCGUGUGACCCCCGCGCCGCCCCGGACCCGGACCCGGACCCGGACCCGGACCGCCAUGGCCGCGCUGGAGCUGGCCAUGCAGGGCCUGGCCGUGUUCGGCCUGGUCCUGUUCGCGGUGCUGUGGCUCAUGCACUUCAUGUCCAUCAUCUACGUGCGGCUCCACCUCCACAGGAAGAGGUCAGAGGUCAAGCAGUCCUUCUCCCAGCUGGCUGGAGUGUCUCUGCUGAAGCCUCUGAAGGGCGUCGACCCCAACCUGAUCUCCAACCUGGAGACAUUCUUCACCCUGGACUACCCCAAGUUCGAGAUCCUGCUGUGCGUCCAGGACCAGGACGAUCCGGCGGUGGACGUCUGUAAGAAGCUGCUGGGAAAAUAUCCCAACGUGGACGCCCGUCUGUUCACCGGGGGAAAAAAAGUUGGAAUCAACCCUAAGAUCAACAACCUGAUGCCUGGCUACGAGGGCGCCAAGUACGGCCUGGUGUGGAUCUGCGACAGCGGCAUCCGAGUGAAGCCCGACACCCUGACAGAUCUGACCAAUCAGAUGACGGAGAAGGUGGGGCUGGUCCACGGGUUGCCGUACGUCGCCGACCGCCAAGGCUUCGCCGCCACUCUGGAGCAGGUGUACUUCGGGACGUCCCACCCUCGCUCCUACAUCUCGGCCAACGUGACGGGGAUCAAGUGCGUGACGGGGAUGUCGUGUCUGAUGAGGAAGGACGUGCUGGACCAGGCCGGCGGGCUGGUCGCCUUCGCCCAGUACAUCGCCGAGGACUACUUCAUGGCUAAAGCCAUCGCCGACAGAGGCUGGAAGUUCUCCAUGGCGACACAGGUGGCGCUGCAGAACUCCGGAUCCUACUCCAUCGGACAGUUCCAGUCCCGGAUGAUCAGGUGGACCAAGCUGAGGGUCAACAUGCUUCCCGCCACCGUGCUGGAGCCGGUUUCCGAGUGUUUCCUGGCCAGUCUGAUCAUUGGCUGGGCGGCUCAUUAUAUAUUCAGGUGGGACAUGAUGGUCUUCUUCAUGUGUCACUGUCUGGCCUGGUUCCUGUCCGACUACAUCCAGCUGACCGGGGUCCAGGGCGGCCCGCUCUGCUUCUCCAAGCUGGACUUCGCCGUGGCCUGGUUCAUCCGGGAGUCCAUGGCGGUGCAGAUCUUCCUGUCGGCGCUGUGGGACCCCACCAUCAGCUGGAGGACCGGCCGCUACCGGCUGCGCUGCGGCGGCACGGCCGAGGAGAUCCUGGACGUGUAGCCGGCCGGCGCCCCGUCGCCACGGCGACGCACAGGACGCCAAACAGACUGACCUUUGUUUUCUUUACGAGGAGAACCCGAAGCCCCUUUUUAACUAUUUAUGUUCUUUUUGGUGCUAAAAUGAAUCGACGCCACAACAAGCCAAUUAGAGCGCAGGAAGCCGGCACAGACUGGGCCAAUCAGGAGAGAGCGUUCGCCAGAGCGAAGAACAGACGGCCAUGUUGGCUCCUGGAACCCGUCUGGACUCGCCGCUGCACUUUGACGAACUUUCAUCCACCUUAUUUAUUCACACGAGCGAAUUCAGAGGAUUCCAGGAGAGAGACGGACCGCCGGGUCUGGACCGGACCGGACCGCCGGGUCUGGACCGGACCGGACCGCCGGGUCUGGACCGGACCGGACCGCCGGGUCUGGACCGGACCGGACCGCCGGGUCUGGGCCGGACCGGACCGCCGGGUCUGGACCGGACCGGACCGCCGGGUCUGGACCGGACCGGACCGCCGGGUCUGGACCGGACCGGACCGCCGGGUCUGGACCGGACCGGACCGCCGCUGCUGACUUUAGAACGUGGCUGACUCCAGACGACUGAACGCCUCCCAGCACCGGUCCCACCAGAGCAGCUGCAGACCCAAACACCGGGAGCCAUAGAAACAUGAGCGGAGCUGGCCGUCAGCGGCCAACCAGAGCGGAGCAGCGGCCAACCAGAGCGGAGCUGGCCGUCAGCGGCCAACCAGAGCGGAGCUGGCCGUCAGCGGCCAAUCAGAGCGGAGCUGGCCGUCAGCGGCCAAUCAGAGCGGAGCUGGCCGUCAGCGGCCAAUCAGAGUGGAGCUGGCCGUCAGCGGCCAAUCAGAGCGGAGCUGGCCGUCAGCGGCCAAUCAGAGCGGAGCAGCGGCCAACCAGAGCGGAGCUGGCCGUCAGCGGCCAAUCAGAGCGGAGCUGGCCGUCAGCUUCCUGAGCACUGAGCAGAACCGACAGUAUUGUGAGGAACGGUCGGAACAUUUCACGGAGGACCAAACAAGAUGGAAAAAACCUGAUUCACAUUUCUUAAGUUUAGUUUUCAUGUCUGAACACUGUGUGUGUGUGUGUGUGUGUGUGUGUGUGUGUGUGUGUGUGUGUGUGUGUGUGUGUGUGUGUGUGUGUGUGUGUGUGUGUGUGUGUUGCUUCCUUGUUAGCUGUUAGCGUUAGCGUAGCCACUGGCUGUUUGGUUGAUGACAUCAUUUGUCGGACGAACACCUGUUGGUGUCGUCCAAUCAGAACUUUGGGACUGUUGUUGUUUUUUUAAGAUAUCACCUGCUGUCGUGUGCGAAGCGACCAAUCACAGUGGAGCGUUGUCAAACAAUAAAGUUUUAAACUUUCAAAAGGAA